CACUCUUCUUCCAACUUCCACGUUGAUAGUAUGAUAUUAUUCUAUUGCACUGUACUACUGCAAGGCAUUUGACAUUUUAGAUAAUUAGCCAAUUAGAUUAGAUUCAUGGUCAUCUCAUCCACUGAAUGAGAAUGGGGACAUUUACACCAACUUAUCAGGUUACGAGGUACUGCGAGCUGUGACAGACAAUCUCUCCACGUGUCUGAAGCAAAUAUAUCCAAAGGCUUAAACAACAGGUCCUGAUACUCUUCAGAUCUACCCUUCUCAUAGUUCAGAAUUGUAACAAUGGAACAAUGGAAUCCUCCUCUGGCAGGCUACAGAUAUUCUCAAGUGCAGGGAAAUGUCCAUUCGAUUUGCAAAUGACGAAUGAUUUUAUUAUAAUUUAUUCAUGUGGAUGUUGAACCUAAAUGCUUUUAGUGACUUUUAUGUUUUAACUUUUUGAUUGUGCUUACUACUUGCACAAACAGGUGUCCCCAUUUCUCUGAACAGCCUCAUCAAAGCUAGCAGGCAGGUAGUACAUAUCUUCCAGGUGUCCCCAUUUCAAGUAUCAGCCUCAUCAAAGAGCUCUGUGUUUCACCCACACAACAUGCAUGAAGAGAAGAGAAAAAAAUCAAUGGACAUAAAAACACUUUUCAUCACAGCCUUGGUUCUAGCUGUGUUUGGAACCAUCUGUGUGCUCGUCACCACGUUUGCACCGUGGAGGAAGACAUAUGUCCAGAGCUGUCAACUACCAUAUGUGACCUAUGACGGAAUUUGGUAUUACUGUAUGUCGUAUGUCGACUGGCACCACGGUUUAAAGUGUGUGCCUAACCUGAAUGUCAAAAGGAUCACGCCAUCAUUCCUACAGAAGGGGUACAGUCCAGCAUUCCUCCAGGCCUCGCGGGUCCUCGUGUGUGUCUCCCUGGCCUGUGUGCUCUCUGCGUGGGCUCCUCUCAUCCUUGGUCUGAGGCGCUUCCUUCAGCACAGAGAGAUGCGUAUCCCACUCAUCACUGCAGGCUCCAUGCUACUCACGGCAGCAGUUGUGUUUCUCAUUCCAGUAACAGUCUCCACAGUCAAUCUGGAACAAUUGUUCCCACAGAAGAUUAUCAGGCAUUUUGACACUAUCGGACUCGGUCUGUAUUUGGGUUGGGCUGGUUCUGGUUUCCUUGUGGUGGCUGGGGUGAUUGUGCUUUGUUGCAACAUGUCUUCCGUAACAAGUGGAAGAGAGAGAAGUACUGAGGAGGCUUCUCCAUGCAUGACGUAUAAUGCUUUACAGAAAACAGACACUACACAGUUGUCACAAGUUUGGAUUGUAUGAAUUCUUGUCAACAUGGCUCUGUAUUGCUAGAGGACACAUCCACAUACCAUUACACUGACACAGUUUCCCUUUAAAUUGUCUGUCUGGUGCUUGUAGCAUAAUCAAUACAAAUUAAUUAUUAAAUCUUGUUGUUCGUCCUACGAAUACAUCACCUGUGUGUAAAGACCGUUGAUUUUUCCUUAGAUGAACUAGACUCGAAUUCAUUUUAGUAAUUUCUCCAACAGGUGGCGCUACGAGAACACUUACCUCUACUAUGAACAUUCUCUGCAUCCGCAGCUAUAUUUCCGAUCAUGAAGUGUAGCCUAAAUGUGUAUAUAUCAAAGCUAAUUUAUUUGAGCUUGUUAACAAUUCGUUUCUCCUAUAGUCUAUGUAGUUUACAGGAGGCAAUGUUUUAUUGAUGUGUGACGUCAGGAAAACAUAGACUAAACCAUGCCCAGAAAUUCAACAUUUAUCUAUAGGCCAGCCUACUAAAUUACGAUCAUUGACAUUUUAAUUCAGAAUUCACCGUCCUACCCAUAUAAGAUACUCCAGCUGCCCGAAAAAAUGUCACUUUAAGAUCCUGGCAAGAUGUUGAGUGACUGUGCGUAAAUCCUUCGCAUCCUGUGUUCGGUGCUGUGAGCGAAGGAAUCUGUUGCUCUAUGUAAUCCCAUGUCAACUCAGCGCGCUGCAUCUCUUCCACAACCUCCCUAUCCAAAGCCCCGCUCGCGGCAGGUGUUUCUUUUUGGGAUGACGACAAGAAUACCUCAGUUAUGGGGUAAUGCAUUUAAGGGUGCGUUCGGAGCUCGAACAGAGCACACAAGCAAAACUUGUUGACAGUUGUUCGUUCGGCUUUUCUUCUUUUCUUUUUGCUUCUCCACAACCCAGCGAACUAAAAAACGGAGCAAGGGCGAUGGAGGCUGAAUGCCAGUUAAUUCGCGGUGGUUCUUAUCUUACCUGAAACAAAGUAAUAUGGAGAACCAUGCCAACUGCAACCACAGAGCCAUGGAGAAAAGGAAGAAUGUAUUAGUUUGGAUAUUGUACUUUAUGUCAGAGUUCUGCCUGAGCUCUAACCAAGUGCUCAGAAUCGGGGGAAUCUUCGAGACUCGGGAGAAUGAGCCAGUGAGUGUGGAGGAGCUAGCUUUCAAAUUUGCUGUCACCAGCAUCAACCGAAACAGAACCUUAAUGCCAAACACCACAUUGACCUAUGACAUUCAGAGAGUAAACCUCUUUGACAGCUUCGAAGCUUCCAGAAGAGUGUGUGAUCAGCUGGCCUUAGGCGUGGUGGCCGUCUUUGGCCCCUCUCACACCUCUUCGGUCAGCGCCGUCCAGUCCAUCUGCAACGCCCUGGAGGUGCCGCACAUCCAGACCCGCUGGAAGCACCCGUCCGUGGACAACAAGGACACCUUCUACAUCAACCUCUACCCGGAGUACACCUCCAUUAGCCGGGCCAUCCUGGACAUCGUCACCUUCUUAAAGUGGAAGUCUGUUACCAUUGUCUACGAGGACAGCACAGGUCUGAUGCGGAUGCAGGAGCUGAUCAAAGCGCCGUCCAAGAACAACCUGAAGGUCCGCAUCCGCCAGCUGCCCACGGGGAGCUCGGACGCCCGGCCCCUGCUCAAGGAGAUGAAGAAAGGGAAGGAGUUCUUCGUCAUCUUUGACUGCUCCUACCAAAUGGCUGCCGAGCUUCUCAAACAACUGAUGUCAAUGGGAAUGAUGACAGAGUACUACCAUUUCUUCUUCACUACUUUGGAUCUGUUUGCCUUGGAUCUGGAGCCUUACCGUUUCACCGGAGUGAACAUGACGGCUUUCCGCAUGCUCAACCUGGACAACCCAGCCGUGGCCUCGGUGAUGGAGAAGUGGUCUAUGGAGCGGUUGCAGGCUCCACCCAAACCUGGCACCUCCCUGCUAAAUGGAAUUAUGACAACGGAUGCUGCUCUGAUGUAUGAUGCGGUGUUCAUGGUUGCCGUGGCAUCACAGCGUGCCACCCAGAUGACGGUGAGCUCUCUGCAGUGCCACCGGCACAAACCCUGGCGCUACGGACCCCGCUUCAUGAAUCUAUUCAAAGAGGCUCGCUGGGACGGCUUGACAGGACGCAUCGUCCUGAACAAGACCGACGGCUUGAGGAGAGACUUUGACUUGGACCUAAUCAGUUUGAAGGAAGAAGGGAAUGCCAAGCGUGUUGAAGGUGAAAAGUGGCAGAAAAAGUGGACAAAGCUUGGAGUGUGGAAUUCCUUCGCUGGCCUUAACUUGACAGAAACAAAAGAAAUUAGUAAUGUCACCGUUUCACUGGCCAACCGAACACUCAUAGUCACCACAAUAUUGGAAAAUCCCUAUGUGAUGCACAGGAAAUCAGACAAAGUGUUGUACGGAAAUGACCGCUUUGAGGGCUACUGUCUGGACCUCUUAAAAGAGCUGUCCAACAUCCUGGGCUUUUCCUAUGAGGUGAAAUUAGUUUCUGAUGGCAAAUAUGGAGCCGCGAAUGACAAGGGAGAAUGGAGUGGAAUGGUGCGAGAGCUCAUCGACCACGUUGCAGACCUGGCUGUGGCCCCUCUGACCAUCACCUAUGUGAGGGAGAAGGUCAUCGACUUCUCCAAGCCCUUCAUGACGCUGGGCAUCAGCAUCCUCUACCGCAAGCCCAACGGCACCAACCCAGGGGUGUUCUCCUUCCUCAACCCGCUCACCCCAGACAUCUGGAUGUAUGUGCUGCUGGCCUGUCUGGGUGUCAGCUGUGUGCUCUUCGCCAUCGCCAGGUUCAGCCCUUACGAGUGGUACAACCCACAUCCCUGCAACCCAGCCUCAGAUGUGGUGCAAAACAAUUUCACAUUGCUUAAUAGUUUCUGGUUCGGGGUUGCAGCUCUUAUGCGACAAGGCUCCGAGCUGAUGCCUAAAGCUCUCUCCACCAGAAUCGUUGGAGGGAUCUGGUGGUUCUUCACCUUAAUCAUCAUAUCCUCCUACACUGCCAACUUAGCUGCUUUUCUGACUGUUGAAAGAAUGGACUCCCCCAUCGCCUCUGCUGACGAUCUGGCAAAGCAGACUAAAAUCGAGUAUGGCUCGGUGAGGGACGGCUCUACCAUGACGUUCUUUAAGAAAUCCAAGAUCUCCACCUAUGAGAAGAUGUGGGCCUUCAUGAGCAGCAGGAAGAACACGGCACUGUUGAAGAACAACCGUGAGGGCAUAACACGCGUGCUCACCACUGACUACGCCCUGCUCAUGGAGUCCACCAGCAUCGAGUACAUCAGCCAGCGGAACUGCAACCUCACGCAGGUCGGAGGCCUCAUUGACUCCAAGGGCUAUGGCGUGGGCACCCCAAUAGGCUCCCCUUUCAGAGAUAAGGUGACCAUUGCCAUCCUGCAGCUGCAGGAGGAGGGCAAGCUCCACAUGAUGAAGGAGAAGUGGUGGCGCGGGAACGGCUGCCCGGAGGAGGACAACAAGGAGGCCAACGCCCUCGGCGUGGAGAACAUCGGUGGCAUCUUCAUCGUGCUGGCCGCUGGCCUCGUGCUCUCCGUGUUCGUGGCCAUCGGCGAGUUCAUCUACAAAGCGCAGAAGAACUCUGACAUUGAAGAGGCACAUUCUGCCCAGCUGUCAGGUCAGUACAGCAAUGAGGAGAGGAAAGAAGAGGAGAGGAGUGGGAAGAGGAGAGGUGGGAGAGAUAACCCCAUUAGAACCCAAUUGGGUGCAGAGGUCAGGAGGAUUGUGAUGGGACUUUGUCACACUUCAGUGGCCUCUCAUUCAUUCCAUUCCAAAAGCUCAAAAUCGAUUUUGUUCUUUAUUUAUUUCACCUUAUUACCUUUUGCAUGCAUUUUUCAUAGUGUCAUACAAUGGACACAUUAAAAGAGGAUGAGAUGAGAGGCUGAGACUGAUUUAGACCACUUGGCUCUCUGUAUUCUGUACAUAUAUAUGUAAUCUCUUGAAUGCCAUACUUCUGAUGUGAAGCUAUAUACAUUCUUUUAAAACUUACCAUUCAUUCAAACACAUUUUGACAUAAACAGAGACCUUGCAAGCUGGUUAGACGGGAAAAAGCCAUUCAUCUUGUAGAUCAAUGAGAAGAGUAGGAGCGUGUGGUUUUCUAUCCGCAGGCGAAGUGGAUAGGCCACCCUUGUGAGAUUAUUGUCCGGGAUGAGUCGGCACUUGCACUGUUCACAGCACUCCUCUCCCUUGCCUCCUCUCCACUGUUCUUUUCUUCCAUUAUCUUCCUUUCUUCAUGACCUUUCAGCCUUGAUUGUGUUGUGUCGUGUUGUGUUGUAGAGGCGGAGGCCCUCACGGACGUGAAGGCUCACAGGGGACUUUCUUGUGUUCUCCUUGACAGUGUGUCUCUUUCAGUGCUGUGAUGGAGGAGCUGAGCAUUUCCUUCAGGUGCCACCGUGGCACGAAGAAGCGAGCGAGAGGACGCGAGC